GACACAAACCUGCUCAAGAUUCCCGAUCACGUGCCUAACGAGGGGCUCUCUGCCCUUCGGAUAUCGUGCCUAGCUUCUACCAUCCGCUCUACCGUAGUGUCAGAAUGUGAUGGAAGGUUCGAUUUGUUGGAAGUCUGCUCGAGUGUUGGGUAUGCGAUGUCCACGAAUCUCGUGCUCCAGCAGGAAGGCCCAGGAGGCGAUGGCUAUUGGUCGGGCCGUGGCCCGAUUGGGUCUCCCUGUGGCCCGUUGGACUCAACCCAGAGGCACAAUGCGAGUCAAUGGAGUCGAUAACGUAACAGAAAGGAUAGACCCAGCAAACGAGAAGCCGGAGAUCGGUAUCGCUGAUUUUCUUGAUACCGUUAAAGGAGUCGUCGAUGAGAUCCACGAGGUAGACCAACACGGAGCGAAUUGUGCCACCGAUGCCGCUAGGUUCAGGCACACU